UAAGCGUUCAUCAUCCAAUUUUGUAGAUCGUAGUAGUUUGUUGUUAUCACGAUGAUUCGAUUGGUGAUAGUUGUGUUAAUGCUAGGAAGUGGACAGGGACACGCGAAAGAAUGUAAAACUAAUAAUAUAGACUAUAUAAAUAACUCAAACCUAGUCAAGCUGACCGGCUGUACAAAAAUCAUCGGCAACAUAAACGUUGUAGAAGCUACAUUUGAAGGAGAUCCCUAUCUGAAUAUUCCUGCAUUACAUCCGUACCAGUUAGACGUUUUCAAAUCAGUGAAGGAGAUCACUGGUGUUUUAGUAGUGCAGGGGAAACAUAAAGACUUCAAAGACUUGUCCUUUCUUGGAAAUCUUACCACCAUAUAUGGAAGAGGAGCUAAAAGGUACCAAGGGGCUUCAUUAUCUGUUGCCUACUCAUCAAUAGAAGCGUUGAAUCUAUCUUCAUUGAAGAGAAUCCGAAACGGAAAUGUUGUAAUAGCCUUCAAUGAUAGACUUUGCUAUGCUGAUACUGUUAAAUUUACGAAUCUAUUCCGACGAAAGGAACAACAAGCUACAGUUGUAAAGAACAGAUCAAAACUAGAAUGUGAAUUAACGAGAAAACGCUGCUCCACGGUUUGUGGUACAAACGGAUGUUGGGGACCAAAAAGGGAAAACUGUGUAGGAAAUAUCACCGAGAACAAUUCAAUCGAGGACUCUUUUAGUAUUGAUGAUAUGUUGUGAAAACAUUGGUUCAGUGUAA